AUCACGUGGAGCCGUCAUGGCUGCUAUCCUGUAGAUACUAAGUUGUUGAUCAUUUGUGUAGCUUUUAAUUUUGACUGUAAGUUGCUUUAGUCUUUGUCUGUUUUUAAGAUACGAAGCUGUGAAGAUGCUCUGCCGUUAGACCCGCGGCUCGAGCUGCUCCUGCGCCGGCAGCGCGUGUGUUGCCGUGUGUGUGUUUACAUGCGUUCACGUUAACAGCGUGGUGUCUCGUCAUGUUCGUGCUGGUGGAGAUGGUGGACACCGUCCGGAUCCCCCCCUGGAGCUUCCAGGCGCAGCUAAACGAGGCCGUGGCCGAGGAGCUCAACAAGAAACUGGCCAACAAGGUGGUCUACAACGUGGGUCUCUGCAUCUGUUUAUAUGACGUCACUAAACUGGAGGAUUCCUACAUAUUCCCAGGAGACGGCGCCUCACACACUAAAGUUCAUUUCAGGUACGUGGUUUUCCACCCCUUCCCCGAUGAGGUCCUCGUCGGCAAGAUCAAGUACUGCAGCCAGGAGGGAGUUCACGUGACGAUGGGAUUCUUCGAUGACAUUCUCAUCCCACCGGAGUCGCUUCAGCAGCCUGCAAAAUUUGACGAAGCAGAGCAGGUUUGGCUCUGGGAGUACGAGACGGACGAGGGAGCGCACGACCUCUACAUGGACCAAGGAGAAGAGAUCCGCUUCCGCGUGACGGACGAGGUCUUUGUGGACACGUCGCCGACGGGCCCGGCCACAGCGGAGCCGGACCCCAAGGCACAGCCGGGACAGGCGGCGCCGCCGCCUCCGCCGGCAGAAGAGAGCGGGGAGAAGAAGGAGGCGCCGUACACUCUGAUCGGAACCAUCUGUGAGCCGGGCCUCGGGCUGCUGUCGUGGUGGAACAAUUGACCCUCCAGAGGAGGAGGAGAGAGUCUGGGGGACGACCGUGGCUGAUCUGAGAUACGAGGGACAGCCGGCAGAGGACACACACUGCUGUCGUUUGGUCCCAGGAGUCCGGAUGCAGGAAAGUGGAGCUGCAGCGUGAAGAUGCUGUCAGUGACGUCCCAUCUGAUGCACUGACUCUGGUUCUGCUCCGACUUCUGCCCCAAACACACCAGCAUCAUGUUUACAUGUACAAUUAGCUCUUAUUUGUUUUGUCUUUACGAGAGAGUUUGUGAAAUCUCUAAUGUUAUUACUACUUGAUCUGAACCUGAACAUGUCAUAAUGUGUUGAUAGAUGAAGUUCCUUAAUUCUGGGUUUACAGCUGGAUUAAAUGUCAGGGAUGAGUGUGUUGAGUUUUACUGAAAGAAACAGCUGAGUGACAUUUGUGUUGACACGAGUCCAGGUCAUAUGAUGUAAAGAUCUAAAGAAUGGAAACAAUAAUUACAGGGAAAGAGUUUCUCAUGAAGAGUAUUAUUGCUCCAAGAUUCUUGUGAACGCCCUUCCAGUUUAUUUAUCAGCUUUUAAUUUAGAUUUGUUCUGUCUUGUCUCACAGUAAAAAAUGUAUUUCA